AUGGAUGUGGAGGAAGAAGAUGUUGUGGGCUUAGUGAAUGAGAGCGACAUUGUCAUUCAACAGCUCCAGAAAGACGAUGUGCGUCUUAAUUUUGCUUCUAUAGUCGGAAUGGGAGGAUUGGGUAAAACCACUCUUGCCCGUAAGAUCUAUAACAAGGACAAUGUGAAGAGGAUAUUUCCUUGUCGUGCAUGGGGUAACGUGUCUAACGAUUACAGGCCCAAGGAGCUUUUUCAAAGUCUCCUGAGGAGCUUAAAUCUUUCUGGAUUUGAAAAUUUAAGCGAGGAGGAUUUGAAGAAGGAGGUAGUCAAAGGGUUGAAGGGGAAGACAUAUUUGAUAGUGCUUGAUGACAUAUGGGAAACACGAGUUUGGGAUGACAUAAAAGGAGCCUUUCCAGAUGAUAAUAUAGGUAGCAGAGUGUACUAG